AUGGCAAAAACGUUAAUUUGUAUACAUUUUACUCGCACACUGUUAGCCGUAGUGAUACUACUAUUUAAUUUGGUGUCGAUUCUCAAGUUAUUCAACUUUCCAUACACACCAUCACCGGACUAUUCGCUGGUGGUAUUAGUGCUAAUAAAUAUGAUAUUAGUGUUGGGACUGAUAUCGGCGGCCACACAGCACUUGAAGACACUGAUACUGUUUGGUUGGAUAAUGGCGUUGACAGUGUUGUUAAUAUUUUUUGGUAAUACCGUCUCAUCUCAAUAUCAAAGUGAUCUCUGGGGUAUGUUAUAUAUGCUGUGCAUCACAAUCAUAGCGUUUGCCGACGCUAUCUGUGUAAUAAAGUAUCGGAUGCCUAAAGAACAGAUGGCCUGUCAUCAGCAACAACACUAUCAUCACAACCAACAGUCCCAACACCAGUCAACACCACCGCCGCCACCACAGCCACCGCCGGUGUCAUCGCAGACACCUUAUCAGCAGCAGGUGUUUGAUGUACCGCCGCCUCCACUCUCUGUCAACCAAUACUAUGCCUCCAAAUCUGAUCCACAAUUUCACGCCGUUUGA